AUGGUUAAGCAGGCGGUACCCUCGGCUGCUUCUGCUCCCACUCCUACUCCCGUGCGCGCUACAAGAGCCACCAGGCCAAAGACUGGUGGCAGCCUCAGUAGCACCGACGCAGUGGAAGACGAUCGUGUGGUCGCGCCAAUGGAGGUCGAUCCACCCAAACCCAAGCGAGCUGCUGCACGUGUUGCUGCCAAUGCUGCUGCUGCUGCUACACCAGCUGUACAAGUGGCUACUACUACUAUUGCUGCUCCGCGAGGCAGGACCAGCAAGGCAGCCGCACCUGUCCCUGCCACUUCAAUCUCAGAGCCGCUGAGCAAGCGCCAGACCGCUCAGAAAAAGGCCACUGCACCAACAAACCAAGGAUCUCAGACUGUGAGCUACCAUCUUCGUGCUCGCAAACCCAUUCAGGUUGCAGUUGCGCGUACUAGCAAGACGAGUUCAACUUCCAGUAAUGGCGUUCCCACGACCAUCCGCAGCAAGCGUCGGGCUGCUGAAAUGGCCGGGGAGAACACCUCAACAUCCAAGAAGAACAAGAAGAAGGCUCGUCAAACGGAUGCUGACGAUGCUGACGACGGCGAUUACGAGGACUGCGACGACGACACUGCUGGCGACGGCGACGACAACCAGGACAGCAAGAAGCUCAGCAGGGAGGAAGCGAUCGGUGAAGCACUCCUGCAAAACACCACACUGACUACGCUCGAAAUGCAGCCGAUUGCGGCAGCGUUAGUGCAGAACAAAACGCUGACGACACUCCGGACUAGAAAUUACAUUGACGCAGUGAUUGCUGAUGCACUGACGCAAAACACCACACUGACUGAACUCUCAGGUUACCUCGAUGCCAAUGGAGCGCGAUCGAUGGCAAAGGCACUGACGCAGAACGCCACGUUGACCACGCUCUAUUUGCACUCGGGUAAAUUCGGCUCGGCAGAAUCAAACCCGAUUGCCGCCAUCCUGAAGCAAAACACGUCACUGACCACCCUAGAGUUGUAUGGUCCUCAGAUUGGAGACUUUGGAGCUCAAGCGAUUGGAGAAGCGCUGAAAUCAAACACCACUUUGACUGCACUCCGCUUGAUCGGCAACGACAUUGGCAGCGCUGGAGCGCAAGCGAUUGGAGAGGCACUCAAGACCAACUCGGCAUUGACUACGCUUGUUUUGAAUAACAACAAGAUUGGCGAAGCUGGAGCACGUGCGAUCGCUGAUGCUCUGGUGUGCAACAAGACGUUGACCACGCUUUCCAUGUACUGGUGUUCGAUUGGAGAUGCUGGAGUUGAAGCCAUUGUCCACGCGCUCGAGAAGAACACUACGUUGACCUCCCUCAACUUGAAAAACAAUAUCACUCUCGGCUCUGGCGCGCAGGCGGCGAUACCACGGAUGCUCCAAGUGAACACGACGCUGACUGAGCUUGAUCUGGGCGACAAUAGAUUGAACAGCGUUGGAUUCCAAGCAAUUGCAGAAGCGCUCGCGCGAAACACUUCUCUCACGACACUCUCACUUGCGUAUAACGCCAUGGAACUAGCCGGAGCGCAGGCGAUUGCCACAGCACUCAAGAGCAACACCACACUGACCACACUCGAUCUGGAUCACAGUCGAUCUGGUGAUGCCGGCGCGCAGGCCAUUGCGGAUGCUCUUCGGCAGAACAAGACGCUUACGACUCUGCAUCUCAAUGACUGCAGGAUUGGCACUGCUGGACUCCAAGCGAUCGGAGGAGCACUCGCGCAGAACAACACGUUGACCACGCUCAAUCUUUCAAUGAACCCGAUUGACGAUGUUGGUGCCAACAGCAUUGCCGAAAUGCUGAAGUCGAACACCAGUUUGACCACUCUCGAUCUGAGUUGCAGUCAACUUCGUUUUAAAGUGCACGAGAUUGCCGAAGCUCUCAAGCAGAACACGGCGCUGACGACACUCGAUUUAUCGUCCAAUGAUCGUGGUUUGAUUGCCUUCAACCCUAUCGGCGCUGUUGGAGCGCAGGCGAUUGCCGAGGCCCUGAAGCAGAGCAAGACUCUGACGACGCUGCGUCUGAAUAACAAUGCCAUUGGCACUGCUGGUGUGAAACCUAUUGCCGAGGCGCUCAAAGUGAACACUGCGCUGACCACUCUCGAGCUGGAUGGCAAUUCCAUUGGUGAUGCUGAGACGCAGGCAAUUGCACCCGCGCUUGUUCAGAACACGACUCUAACCUCGCUCAAACUAGGGAACGGCGUGCUUGGCAAAGCUGGAGCGCACGCGAUUGCCACUGUGCUGAAGCAAAACGCCAAGCUCACCACCCUCGAGGUGACGGCUCGCUUUGUUGACUCAGGAGUGCAAACAAUCGCAGCCGCACUCAAACACAACACUACGCUGACCACGUUCAAGUUGCGCGACAUGAACCGCUAUGACCCUGAAUUCGAGCGUGAAAUGUCAGAACCAUUGACCACAGAGCGUCUGCUGCCGCAGGUGCGUAAUCCGCAUGGAUUUGGACUCGAAAAAGCCCUGUCGCGGGUUUCCAGGCUUUUUAUGCGUGAGAACAUUGUUGACUCUGCUGGAGUGCAAGUGAUUCAAGAGGUUCUGAGUUUGAUCAAGCCAAGCAAGCUUGAGAUUCGCUUUGGCCUUGACGACUUUGGAGCGCAAGUGCUUGCAACAUCACUCAAGCAGAACUCUUGGAUGACCGAGCUCAAUCUGCGUUCCAGUCAGGUUGGCCCGAUUGGAGCCCAAGCGAUUGCAGAAGCGCUGAUGCAGAACACCAAGCUCACUAUACUCAAUCUGAGUUCCACUCAGCUCGGAGAUGCAGGAGCGGAAGCGAUUUCCAAGGCACUCAGGGUGAACACGACACUGACCACUCUAAACCUGUACGAAUGUUGGAUUGGCAGUGCAGGAGCUCAGGCGCUGGCGGAGGAACUGAAGCAAAACGUGGGAUUGACUUCAUUCUACCUGUCCCGCAAUUCUAUCGGCGAUAGUGGUGCAAAUGCGAUGGCGGCAGUGAUUUCGCAGAACACAACACUGACGACCCUCGAUCUCGGAAAGAAUCAUAUUGGCGAUGCUGGCGCCGCAAGGUUGGCAGAAGCGCUCCUGCGGAAUACCACGCUUAAGGGGCUCAGUUUGUGGUAUAACGAAAUGAGCGAAGCAGGACAGCGAGUGAUGGCAGCAGCACGCAGCCAGAAUUCUGCACUUGACUGGCUCAACUUGAGCGAGAAUCAACCGCCGAAUUAA